GGAGCGGUGGAGCAGGGGCCACACCCCGCCGCGGACCCUUUCUCUUCUCAGUCCUCCCUCCGCCGUGCGAGACACCGUUCCGGCAGGAGAGCGGCGGCCCACGCCCAGAGCAUCCUCUUCUGACGAGCGGGCGCCGGAGGCAUGAUGCGGCUGCGAGGCUCGGCGAUGCUGCGGGAGCUGCUCCUGAAGCCGCCCGCCGCCGUCGGAGCCGCCCUGCGGCGCGCGCAGCCCCUCGGCACGCUGUGCCGGCGCCCCCGGGGCGGGAGCCGGCCGGCCGCGGGCCUAGUGGCCGCCGCGCGACUCCACCCGUGGUGGGGCGGGGGCGGCCGCGCCAAGGGCCCCGGCGCGGGCGGCCUGUCCAGCUCGCCCUCGGAGAUCCUGCAGGAGCUGGGCAAGGGAGGCGCGCCGCCUCAGCAGCAGCAGCAGCAGCAGCAGCCCGGGGCGUCGCCGCCCGCAGCCCCGCCGGCCCCGGGCCCCAAGGACAGCCAGGGAGAGACGGACGCGUUCGGCAACAGCGAGGGCAAGGAGAUGGUGGCCGCGGGCGACAAUAAAAUAAAACAGGGUCUGUUACCUAGCUUGGAAGACUUGCUGUUCUAUACAAUUGCAGAAGGACAAGAAAAGAUACCUGUUCACAAGUUUAUUACAGCACUCAAAUCUACAGGAUUGCGAACGUCUGAUCCCAGGUUGAAAGAGUGUAUGGAUAUGUUAAGAUUAACUCUUCAGACAACGUCAGAUGGUGUCAUGCUAGACAAAGAUCUUUUUAAAAAGUGUGUUCAAAGCAACAUCGUUUUGUUGACACAAGCUUUUAGAAGAAAGUUUGUCAUUCCCGACUUUAUGUCUUUCACCUCACACAUUGAUGAAUUAUAUGAAAGUGCUAAAAAGCAGUCUGGAGGAAAGGUUGCUGAUUAUAUUCCUCAGCUGGCCAAGUUCAGUCCUGAUUUGUGGGGUGUAUCUGUCUGUACAGUAGAUGGGCAAAGGCAUUCUAUUGGAGACACCAAAGUCCCCUUUUGUCUUCAGUCCUGUGUAAAACCCCUGAAAUAUGCCAUUGCGGUGAACGAUCUGGGGACUGAGUAUGUGCAUCGCUAUGUUGGGAAAGAGCCAAGUGGGUUAAGAUUCAACAAACUCUUCUUGAAUGAAGAUGAUAAACCACAUAAUCCUAUGGUAAAUGCUGGAGCAAUUGUUGUGACUUCAUUAAUAAAGCAAGGAGUAAAUAAUGCUGAGAAAUUUGACUAUGUGAUGCAGUUUUUGAAUAAGAUGGCUGGUAAUGAGUAUGUUGGAUUCAGUAAUGCAACGUUUCAGUCUGAACGAGAAAGUGGAGAUCGAAAUUUUGCAAUAGGAUAUUACUUAAAAGAAAAGAAGUGUUUUCCAGAAGGCACAGACAUGGUUGGGAUACUAGAUUUUUAUUUCCAGCUAUGUUCCAUUGAAGUGACAUGUGAAUCCGCAAGUGUGAUGGCUGCAACAUUGGCUAAUGGUGGUUUCUGCCCGAUUACUGGGGAGAGAGUACUGAGUCCUGAGGCAGUUCGAAACACACUGAGUCUGAUGCACUCCUGCGGCAUGUACGACUUCUCCGGGCAGUUUGCGUUCCAUGUCGGUCUUCCUGCAAAAUCUGGAGUUGCUGGGGGUAUUCUCUUGGUUGUCCCCAAUGUCAUGGGCAUGAUGUGCUGGUCUCCUCCUCUUGACAAGAUGGGCAACAGUGUGAAAGGAAUUCACUUCUGUCAUGAUCUUGUUUCUCUGUGUAACUUCCAUAACUAUGAUAAUCUGAGACACUUUGCAAAAAAACUUGAUCCUCGUCGAGAAGGAGGUGAUCAAAGGGUAAAGUCGGUGAUAAACCUUCUGUUUGCUGCAUAUACUGGCGAUGUGUCUGCCCUGCGAAGGUUUGCUCUGUCGGCCAUGGACAUGGAACAGCGGGACUAUGACUCGAGAACAGCGCUGCAUGUAGCCGCGGCGGAGGGUCACGUUGAAGUUGUGAAGUUCCUGCUGGAAGCUUGCAAAGUAAACCCUUUCCCCAAGGACAGGUGGAAUAACACCCCGAUGGAUGAAGCACUGCACUUUGGACACCAUGAUGUUUUUAAAAUCCUCCAGGAAUACCAAGUCCAGUACACACCUCAAGGUGAUUCUGACGAUGGAAAGGAGAACCAGACCGUCCACAAGAAUCUCGAUGGGUUGUUAUAAUGGCCUCAAUUCCCAAGACUGAAAUUACUUACCUACGUCAUUGUGGAACGUGAUUAUGAAGAACUUGUAUAUUUCUAUCUGGUAGUGAUGUGUAUUUUACAUUUGUCAUUGCAGUGUUACUGGAGUUUUCUUCAUUGUGCGCACAGGACAAAUCUGAUUUCUUUGGGAAAAAAAUAGAAACAAAACAACCUCCCUUGAUAAUGUGAGCAAGAGUUACCUCGUGCGUUGUACAGUUUGGUGUCAAAGAAUAGUUCCCAGUGCUAGCUGAA